GCUCACCGUUAACUAUAUGGGAAAUUCAAUUUGAAAACUGGAAAGAGAGAGGGAGGAGAGAUCAAGAACACAACCAAAACCGAAGGACCUUUUGCUCCAACAAGUCCCCUCUUUCUCUUCAAUUUUCUUUCUGGAAUCAUAUCUCUAAAACCCUAUCCCGCUCUUGUCCUCUUCACGUAGAGUUUUUAUUCAAUAUUUAUGGAUCGAUUUCGUUUCAAUUAUUUAUUUUAAGAGUCUUAUAUCAACUCCGCCGUUAAUUCUUCAGCUGAUUAAUCGCAUUUUCCACCCAAUUUUAACGUUCAUUUGGUUCUGGAUCUGAGAAUUGAGAAUUUGAGCUUCUUUUCGGAAUCCUGGAUGAAUAUUGAAGCAGAAUUAGUGGAUUGAGUUUGUUUGUGGCGCUGAAAGAGAUCAGAAUUUGGUGGGGAUUUUUGCAUUUUUGAUAUUUUUAUUUGAUGGGGGAAGGUGAGGGGCGCGAAUUCCCUCCGAAAAAUGCUGUGGCGGCUCAAUCGGACGACCAAGGGAGCGCUCCGAUGGCGGCUGAUUUCUCGGUGAAGAAGCCCGUACGGCAGCUGGAUUUCACGGGCGUGCCAUCGCAGGGAAGCGUCGUGUUGCCAGAACGUCCGCAACCUCGAAAAGUGCCACAGCAGCAGCCAGUGGCGGCAUCUGCUCAGACACUGACGCAGGUGGGGGCCAGGCCCGCGGCACCGUCCCAGACACGGCAUCCUUCUGCGAGGAUUUUUUCAGAAGUUGACAAGACCAGCCAUUAAGGAACUAGCUAUGUUGUGACCUCACUGAAUGGAAAGGAAUAUCUAAUCACUGAACUAAGAGUCCAUGUGCCAACCCUUUGUUGAUAGUUUGGGUAUAAACGAUUUGGAAUGCUAAAACAGGAAUCUCCAAAAUCAAGACCAAGACCAAGACCAAGAACUAGUGUUGAAGUAAAAGAUGGGACUCCAAAGAAGCACAAACAGUGCCACUGUAAACAUUCCCGAUGCUUGAAGUUGUAUUGUGAGUGCUUUGCUUCUGGAAUAUACUGUGAUGGCUGUAAUUGUGUAAAUUGUUAUAACAAUGUUGAAAAUGAAGCUGCUAGGCAAGAAGCUGUUGAAGCAACUUUAGGGCGUAAUCCAAAUCCCUUGAGGCCAAAGAUUGCCAGCGGCUCACAUGGAACACGGGAUAAUCGAGAGGCGACUGGGGAAAUUCUAGUGUUGGGAAAGCACAACAAGGGAUGCCAUUGCAAAAAAUCAGGGUGUCUCAAAAAAUACUGUGAGUGCUUUCAGGCCAAUAUUCUGUGCUCUGAUAAUUGCAAAUGCAUGGAUUGCAAGAAUUUUGAAGGAAGUGAAGAGAGGCAGGCCCUUUUUCAUGGUGAACAUGCCAACAACAUGUCAUAUAUUCAGGAGGCAGCAAAUGCUGCCAUAACUGGAGCUAUUGGAUCAUCUGGUUAUGCAUGGCCUCCUGUAUCCAAGACAAGAAAAGGUCAGGAGCUCAUGUUUGGGCCAAUGGCUAAGGAUUCCUCUCUUCACAGGCUUGGACAAUUUCAACUGGCAAACCAUGUUAGGGGUUCUGUACCCUCUUCUUCCGCUUCUGUAGCUCGAGCUGGUAGCUCUGCAACAUUGGGUCCUUCAAAAUUCACAUAUAGGUCUCUCUUAGCAGACAUUGUCCAACCACGGGACUUGAAUGAACUUUGCUCGGUAUUGGUUGUUGUAUCGGAGGAAACUGCAAAGACGCUUGCAGACCAAAAAACUGUGUUAGAGAAGCGAGCAGAAGACCAGACAGGAACUUCCCUUGCUUCACCAACGCGAGAAAGAUUGCAAAGCCAGAAGGAAUCUGAUCUGCGGCAAAGUGUCCCUGAAGAUUGUUUAAGUGCAAAUCAGGAAGAUAAAGUUGCACCUGAUAAUUCAUGUUCAGGUGGUAUUGAACUGCCAAUGGGAAGGCCUAUGUCUCCUGGAACUUUAGCGUUGAUGUGUGAUGAACGAGAUACAAUGUUUGUGACUGCUGUUUCCCCUAAUGGGAUAACUAGUCAUGGCUGCAACACAGCUUCACAGUUGCAUCAUGGACAAUGCAUGAACAAGGCUUAUGCAGAGCAGGAAAGGAUAGUUUUGGCAAAAUUUCGAGAUUGCCUCAAUAGGCUCAUUACUUUUGGAGAGAUUAAAGAAACAAAGUGUUUGACAUUAGCAAGAACUGAAAUUGAGAGUCCACAAAACCCAAUCAGCAACGGCUCUGCGAAUGCCGGAAUUGAAACUGGGAAGCGACAGGUACCUAUAAGAAAUGAUGUUGCCCAACCACGGGAAAAGAUGCCUCGGUUGAUUAGUGGAGUAGUUUCUGCCUCUAAUAAAGAUCUUCCGAAAAUUCCAGCCCUUGUGGAAAAUAAAGAUAAUAGGCGGAAGGCAUAAACGGGUAAGGAUUAAAUUGGCCCAAGGCAUGCUAUUGAAUCUUGCCCUUUCUUGACCCAACCUCCACUGCGAGAGCAUUGUGCACAUUAGUAGUUUACCUUUACGUAUGCUUCUAUUUCGUUUCUAUCACACCGUUUUCCAUUGGGGCUUCAACUCUGAUAGUCUGAUGUGGUCUUGAGGCAAGAUGCCGAUAUGAUUUAGUCCUUGUAUUUCUUUUAUUCAGCUCUCUGUAUUUUAACCCUAGUGCAGUACAUUGCUGCAGAGUGCAGUCAUGUUAUAAUAUUAGUGAAACGGCUUGAAUUUUGUGUCCUAAUGAGAAUGCCAUAACAAAAUUGGUGGAAUGUAA